GAAUUGAGAAAAUAAACAAUAGAUUAAUCGAUUAGGAAAAAUCAAGUUAUUUACAGCCCUAUGUUGCAUAUCUGAGUCUCAAAUCUGCGGAAACUGGCAUCCAGCCUCACCUCAGCCAGAGAUCAUGCAAUGUCCUCAGGUUCUUGGAAGAGUCUGCACUUAUCUCAUUAAAGACAAUAUCUGCUUUAGACUUUAAGCUUCCGUCACUCGCAGUUGCACGAAGGUUCAGGUGGAUGUCAGUGCGGUCAGUGCUCUGUAUGAACACUGUCCUCUCCUCCAGCGCUCUGCAGCACUCUGGACAGAAAAACGACAACAAAAUAAUAAUAAUAACCGUCACAGUUCUCUGGGAAUAAUGGGAGGAAACUGCUCAAACCUGGACGAUAUCCUGGAGGAGGACAUGCACCACUGGUACACCAAGUUCAUGAGAGAGUCUCCCUCAGGUCUCAUCACGCUCUUUGAGCUGAAGACGAUGCUGGAAAUGAAGGGGAUGACAGAGGAGGCCAGCAGCUAUGUCGACCAGGUCUUCUACACCUUUGACAUGGACGGGGACGGCUACAUAGACUUUGUGGAAUAUAUUGCGGCAAUAAGUUUAUUACUGAAAGGAGAAAUAAACCAGAAACUAAAGUGGUACUUUAAGCUCUUCGAUCAAGAUGGAAACGGGAAAAUAGACAAGGAGGAGCUGGAAACCAUAUUUAAGGCAAUUCAGGAUAUCACCAGGAGUUACGACAUCCCUCCUGAGGAGAUUGUGACGCUAAUCUACGAGAAAAUCGACGUCAACGGAGAAGGUGAGCUGACACUCGAGGAAUUCAUCAGUGGAGCAAGGAAUCAUCCUGACAUCAUGGACAUGCUCAGCAAGAUGAUGGAUCUCACCAACGUCCUGGAAAUCAUUAUCAGAGGUCAACCUCAGAAAUCUCUGAAAUGAGCUUUAUCCAGCUUGAGUGUGUGGACUGUGGGCUGACAGAAAGCUACAGUGUUGAUGAAAAGAGUGACAGAGUGAAAUAAAUCCACCUCUGUUGAAGAGAGUUGAGUGACGAGUCCCACAGCAAAUAUGACCUUCCCUGAACGCUCCACAUGUGGUGAAAGGACUUAAUCCUCUUCCUCCUGCUUGUGUUCUCACACACACGAUGGUGGCCCUUUGGUUUUGUUGAGGUUUAAAAUCAGAUUGUGUUUGGAGAGUCUCAGUGAGGACUGACUCGCCUGCCUUGCCAGGUUCCCAUCGUGCUUCUCAUGAAUGGCAAAGAGCAAAUCACUUGAAUUUAUGUAAUUUUCAGUAGCGAACUGAGCUGGAAAAUGCUGUUUGAUUUUCUUCUUGGUUUGUUAAAUACCACAAAGCCAAGUGCGGUCAGUCCAAAAAGUCAUUUGUAUGUCUGCAACGAUAUUAGAACAUAUUGAAUUCACAUUUUAAUUCUGAGAAAAUUCUGUUGAAGACAAGUGCAAAACUCACUUUACUGUAUUUGGAUGUUCAGAUGUUAACACUAUGUUGUUACCACGCAAAACACGUAGUGGCAUUGUUUGUUCUUCAUUUUGUUUGUUGGCUUGUGUUCAAAAACUGGAUAGUGAAUAAUAUUCAUCUUUGUGUACAUGAAAUGUAAUUUUUCUAAAUAUUUUUGCUGCAAUUAAGGUCACAUUGUUGCCUUAAAAACAUCAAUACAAUGUUUUUCCUUAAAAAUUUCCCUUUUGUUUAUUUUUCAGUGCUCACACUGACACAAUUUACUGUCUUUGAUUCAAAACUGGAGUGAAGUGCAACAAUAUCACACAUGGAAUGGGAAAGUUUUGCCAUUUGUAUGUCAUACUCAUUUACUGAUAUAGUCACUGAUAAGAUGGUGAAAGAGCUCAAUGACGCCAUCUUGUGAGCAAGAAUUUAAAAGACACACUGGUAACAAAUUUGAGUUGACUACAAACAAAUGACACAUGUUUUUGUCUUUUUAACUCUUACAUUUCCUCGCCUGUCGUUCUUUCACCUUAGAUUUCAUUGCACAUAUUUCAUCACUUAAUUCACGUAUGGUGAAAAGUCAAGUUUCUUUAGAACACUGUCAACAGGAUAAAUGAUUUGGAAGUAUUGUAGUUUAAGAAAUGCAAAAGAAACUUGUCAGGACUGAUGAUAUAGGUUGCCAUGUGCUUGUUGUUAUUAUCACGUUUCCAUGUGAAAACUGGUCUUGAAUAGAAAAUAGAAACCGCUGCCUGUUGUCAAACAUAACCAUAACUAUAGAAAUACUGAAUAU